AUGGCGGACAUGAUGGAGAAGAUGCUGGAAAGGCCAAUACGAUUGGCAGAUCAGGUGGCCAAGAUUGCUGACGAGGCGCAAUCUUCCAAACAAGAUUGCUUAGAGAUCAAGGCAAAGACAGAGGAGCUUGCAGGCAUUUUACGUCAUGCAUUGAGAGCCGGCAAUAAGCUCCAUGAGCGUCCAACCCGCCGCAUCAUUGAUGACACAAAACAGGUCCUCGAGAAAGCCCUUGAGCUCGUAAGCAAGUGCAGCGCCAAUGGCAUCAUGAAGCGGAUCUUCACCUUUAAAUUACCCACCGCAGUGUUCAGGAAAACAUCCAUGCAACUAGAGAAUUCAAUCAGUGACGUGUCGUGGCUCCUCCGAUUGUCCGCCGAUGGGUAUCUGGGUAUUCCUCCGAUCGCAGCCAAAGAGCCACUUCUAUGCCGCAUAUGGGAACAAAUUGUGAUUCUACACAAUAGGUCGUCGUUAAAGGAGCGCUCGCUCGCAGCUGACUCUCUGGUUUCAUUGGCUCGGGAUAACGAUCGAGGUGAUAAGCUUAUUAUUGAGGAAGGUGGGCUAUCGGGCCUUCUGAAGUUGGCUAAAGAAGGAAGCAUGGAAGCUCAAGCUGCCAGUGCCAGGGCCAUUGGCUUACUGGGUCGUGACUCGGAAAACGUUGAACACAUUGUGAAAGCUGGUGUUUGCUUUGUGUUUGCGAAAAUCCUCAAAGAAGGCCACAUGAAGGUUCAGGCUAUGGUGGCAUGGGCAAUCUCGGAGCUAGCCGGGAAUCACCCCAAAUAUUGCCAGUACCAUUUUGUGCGGCACAACACAAUUCGGUUGCUUGUUAGUCAUCUUGCCUUUGAGACCAUUCAAGAACAGCAAGUCUCUCUGUCGGGAACUAGCAUAAAGAGGAGGGAACUUGAAGAGCCUGCAGCCACUAAGGCCCAAAUGAAGGCAAUGGCGGCAAAAGCUCUUUGGCAGCUGUCCAAGGGAAAUAGCUCUAUUUGUCAGUACAUCACCGAAUCAAGAGGGCAGUUGUGUUUUGCCAUUUUGUUAGAAAAAGGAGCUGGUGAUGAUGUUCAAUUCUAUUCAGCCAUGGCAUUGAUGGAGAUCACAGCUGUGGCCGAGAAACAUUCUUUGUUGAGGCGCGCCGCUUUCAAGCCUUCUUCCGAUGCUGCCAAAGCGGUAGUUAAACAGUUGCUCAGAAUUGUAGAGGCCAACUCUAACUCUAAUUCUAACUCCAACCUCCUUGUACCCUGCAUCAAAUCGCUUGGAAACUUGGCAUGCACUUUCCAAGCAUCUGAAACAAGAAUCAUUGAGCCACUGGUGAGGCUACUUGACAAAGGGGUAGCUGUGGUUUCUAUAGAGGCUGCCACCAUUGCACUUAACAAGUUUGCUUGCACUGACAAUUUUCUCCAUGAUUAUCACUGCAAAGCAGUCAUAGAUGCAGGAGGAGCUAAGCACUUGUUUCACUUGGUUUACUUUGGUAAACAAAUGGUCCAACUUCGUGCAUUGAUUCUUCUAUGUUACAUUGCUUUACAUGUUCCUCACAGCGAGACACUUGCACAAGAAGAGGUGCUUGCUGUGCUUGAAUGGUCAUCAAAGCAAGCGCAUCUGGUUGAAGAACCUUCUCCUAAAUCACUACUACUGGAAGCCAAAGGAAGGUUGGAGCUCUAUCAGUCCUGA